AUGCCUGUUGAAGUGACUCUGAUUCCCAGGUGGGUAUGCAACAGAAUGGAUGUAACAAUAUUUCAAGAUGAACUCCAGUCACAAGAAAUGAUACAGGGGGAGGUGAAUUCCAAAGAUCAGAAGACACGCCGUGAUUAUCAGUUCAUAUCCCAGAGGAUCUUGGAGACCAUCCAGGCUGGACAAUGCUGUGAUAUUACAGUGAAGGUGGAAGAUGCCACAUUUGUUGGAAGCCGCCUUAUCCUGGUGGCCGUGUCACCCUACUUCCGAUCAAUGUGCCUGUCUGGAUGGAAGGAGUCAUCAGAAAAUGUUGUGGAGAUCAAGGGGAUCUCAAAGGCUGGCUUCGAAAUCAUUUGGGACUUCAUUCAUGGCACCGAAUAUGAUGUGAGCACUGAAGAGCUGGCAUUAACUGCACUCUAUGAUUCUCUGUACCUCCAAAUCGAAUAUAUCUGUAAGAUCCUAUGUAGGAAGCUGAGAACAAAGUUCUUGCAUGUGGGAAAUGCCCUCCAUAUUCGUAGUGUUGCCUACAAUCUUGCCAUGAAAGAACUAGUGGAUGACCUUGACCGCUACAUCUCUCAUCAUUUCCAGGAGAUCAUAUGGAUGCCAGAGUUCUUGAACAUUUCCUUCCAGUAUCUCAGGGAAUUAUUGGGGCGGGAUGACUUGGAGCGCUGGGUAAACUUCCCCAACCUGGAACAUGAACGUGCAAAAGCCACUGCCGUGCUCAAAGGUUCGUGCCUCCACCUUAUUGGAGGUGCACAAAAGGACUUUAGGUAUGAACGGUUGGAUGUGAGGAGCAAGAAGUGGCAGGUUCUUGCAGACUGGCAAGAGGACCCUUCACUGAGGACUGGGUGUUCUUUCCCUGGUAUAGCUUUCCACAAUGGGGAACUCUAUGUCACUGGUGGCUCUGGUGGGGCAACUACUAGACGUGAUGUUCACAUUUAUGAUACAAGGAUGGACACAUGGCGAGAGUGCCCUUCCAUGGUCAUGGAGAGGUGGAGGCAUGGACUCAUUUCCUUUCAGGGAAACCUUUAUGCUGUUGGUGGAGAAAGGAAUCGGUCUAUUGAAGUUCUCGAAGAAACUGAUUGGAAGGUUGUUUUCCAGUACGGUGAUCAGAUUCAAACGCCUAAGGUAAGACUGGUGAUGCCGUCGUUCAUCGAAGUUUGGGCUCUUGGAGGAUCUCAACAGGAUAUGCGUCUUGUUUAUGCCGUAAAGACUCACUUUGCCGCAGGUUGGGGCCUCAGCCCCUUCCGCUUUCACGCGGUGGCGUGCUUCAUCUCAUCUGACGGGCUUAUCUCUUCGGACACUAGUAAUUUGAUGGUGGCAACAGGCAAUCGUGCCAACGCCUACCACAUCAAGAAAAAGGACCGCGACACGGUGUGCAGUACACUACGACCACGAAGCACUCGCGCGUCCAUGUUUCCUCGAACCGCCGGAUUCAAGGUUGCCGCGAGGUCUCGGCUCCAACUCCGUCCCCAUCCCUCGAACGUCUUUCCCGCUUUCCGCCUCCUCUCGCCCGUCUGA